AUGAUAGCUCAGAGUUUCAGUUUCAGCCCAUGCCCCGCCGUCACCUUCUCUAACCCACCAAGAUUAAGACCAACUGUAGCGGCCUCCACUCCCAAAACCUUCUUUCUCAAUUCCCUAAUAUACCGGAAACCCCACAAACUAACUACCAGUUCAAUCAUUAACAAGAAGAGCCGCCGGCCGCCGUGUGGCAGCAGUAAUGACGUCGACCAUCCCAAGGAUCCUGCCACGUUCUUCGACGAGAAUGGGGCUGUGGAGGACAUGGACGGCUAUCUUAACUACCUCUCGCUUGAGUAUGAUUCUGUUUGGGACACCAAGCCAUCCUGGUGCCAACCCUGGACUAUAGUCUCAACCGGGAUGCUCUUAAUUACUGGUAGCUGGUUCGUUUUGCAUUCAGUCAUUGUUACCUCUGUUGUUCUCAGUCUGAUAUGCGCUUGGUGGUACAUUUUUCUGGUCUCUUAUCCUCAGGCAUAUACAGAAAUGAUUGCAGAUCGUAGGAAGCGAGUCAGAAGUGGCGCAGAAGAUAUAUAUGGUUCAGCAAGACUUGAGGGCAGGGAUGAUGCAGCAUAA